AUGCAAAAGACUUUUAAAUCAAAUCAAAUGAAUUCCUCAACAAAGGGCAGAGCGCAAGCAAACGGCCCACGGCCUCGGUUACAGAUUUCAGCGCCGUUUGAAUUCCGCCAUGUCGAGUCUGGUUCAUUUCAGUUCCCAUUCCCUCCUCAACGGCCAUCUCGUCCCUGGGAGAGUCCUGUGACACCGGAUACGCCUGAGACUCCCUUUGAACCGCUUCAUUUAAACAUUUCAAAUUCAGGAAAAGAACUGUCCCCAAUACUUCCGGACUUUCCCCUUUCUCGUGAGAUGACGCCGCCACCUUUAGUUCAUCUUGCAGGCCGGCCCUACGAUGAGCAUUCGCCAUCUCCGAAGAGAAAUCACUCAUCCACGGCAUUCCAUAUUCCUCGGAAAAAUGUUGCCACCGGUUCAUUCUCAAGCAGCCCAGAGGUUUCACCACUGAAACUCGCUUCCGAGAAACAGCCUAGUGUUCGGGAUUAUACGCCAUCUGAUAUGGAGGCUAUCAAAGAGCGUGUGGCGUGCGCCAUGAAUGAAGUGGAAGAGUUACAGAAAAAAAUCAACGACAUUAUUGAGCGCCAAAGCAUCUACACUGCAAGCAGACCAUCGACAGCUCAUUCGAUUGCUCGUACAGUGCCUGGUAAGCUUACAAAUGGACCCCUUCGUGGUAGACUUUCCCAGCUUACCCAUGCAGAUGCAGCAGAGGUUCCGAUAAUUCCUGCUCUACCGCCAGCAGCGCCGUCAUUCGCUGAGCGCCUGAACACUGAAGUGUCGCUGCCCAACACCGGGCCCAUUACAGCAUCCAUCCACAUCAGCCAGCUAGAGGCGUAUGAGGAAACGCUCGACAACAUUAGGCAGUUGUCACAAAUAAUGCCGAUGCAAGAAGAGCGGUCACCCCCACCGCCUCCACCCCCACUGCCGCUCGUCCUACGGCCACCGCUGCGGAAGAAGAAGUCAUUUUCACGAGUUUCCACCUGGCUGUUCCCAGAACCUGGGCGUGCUAGGAAUCAGAGCAUGGACUCUAUUACGAACGCUCCUCUCCCUAUCAAAGGAAGCGAAGGGUUUUAUCAGUGUGUAACGCCUGCCGGAAGACCGGAUAGGCGAAGCAUCGAGACAUUUGAUACACUUUCUACAUGGUCGACGAACGACGGAGACCAAAGCGUGCCGACGGCCUGGUCGCCGCGGAGCACUCCAACAAGGAAGGAGGAAGAUGGUUUACUGGAAAGAAGCGCCACAUUUGGGAAAAGCAGCAUCCGGGGGCCAGCUGCGGUGAAUGUUGGCGUUGCAAUAUGA